CCGUUCUCGAGGUUGUAAUUACAUCUUGAAGUGAAACACGGUUUUGCAGACAGAGCAUCACUUCCGAUAGCUCGUAUGAUGUACACAAGCAUACUGACUCAGAGACCUGUCAAGUUCUCAACACCUUCACCCAGAGGGUAAGUGAAAGCAGUAAUUUGUCCGUAAGUAUCAGUCACCGUUUGUUACUCUUGUACGUGAACUUCCCCAGCCUGACCCCAUCUCUCAUCUACAACCGAAACUACAAUCAACUCAACCUUGACUGCAGUUCCACCUCUCAGCAUGAAAGCAUUCACCAUCGUUGUCUCCUUCAUCAGCUUCGCCGCUGCCGUCGUCGCCGCACCAUCUCCUCAAGUCCCUAUCUGCACCUUCGACCCCGUGAAGGGCGAGUACAUCUGCUCCAAGGAUGUCGCACCACAGCUCUGCAAGUUUGACCCUGUCAAGGGCGAGUACGUGUGCCCUCCGACAGCCACCGUGGAGUCCGCCACUCUCGCCAGCGGCGAUGCGACAAUCGUUGACCUCGCUGUUUCGAAGUGCGGUCAAGAGGGACUCCGCAAGUGCACCCGCGAGCGUCAGGGCUCUGUCUGCGAGGACGGCUACCCACUGAAGGAAAAGGGUUACUUAGACGAUUAUUUGGAGCUGCAGAGGAGGUUCAGUACGUUAACGAGUGCACAAACCCUGACAAGUUCCAACCACACUUUGGGUCAAUCAAGGCAUUUAUCUGAGCUUCUGCACUACUUUGAGAACCGACUCGCCGACUACAAAGGCAGCAGUCUUCAAGGCGACGAGGUCUUCCAGCGGGGGCCAGUAGCGACUUACUUCCAGCUGCUUGCAGGUCUGAUAUUACUUGCGCCUAACGUUGAACAUAUCUGUCUUGUCAGCCUGGAGCAUGAUGAUGUCUCCCUAUGGACUCACUUCCUCGACAUGUCUCAAGGCUUCACUAUUCGCAACAGCACUUCGAAGCUUAGGCACCUUCUCGCUCAGAUCCACGCUCAUGGGUGGUCCACCUCUCCAGAUAUUUCAGUGUCUGAGCGCCUAAUACAGCACUUGCGGUCUUUCCCUGUGCUCCAAGACCUCCGGAUAUCAGGCGCUAUCACACACCGUCCUGGCACCCUACCACUGGUUUCGAGCAAGACUUUGAAUCUUUGUCGACUGGACCUCAUUGAGAACAGCCUUGACAUAGAUGACGUGGCGGAUCUAGUGUUGGCAUGCAAGGGUCUUCGACACUUCACUUGCAAAUGGGCGUUAUACAACGAUGUUUACGUUGAUCCAUCAAUACUUCAAGACGCCCUUCUGGCUCAUGCGGACACGUUAGAAACAUUGAGUAUAGAUUGGCGAGAAGUUGGAUUUUCAUUGCGUCGCGACGCCAACGCAUUGAGAUCGGUGAAAAUCAGCGAUCUCGGAUUCCUCAGCGCCGGCCGCUCGCUCUUGGACUUGCAAGGCGAGGUAUUGGACCCCCCAAUAUCUUCUUUAUUGCCCGAAAGCCUGCAGCAGAUGACAAUACUUACGGAAGCCAGUGAGGAGUUCUUCUAUGGGCGUGUACUCGAUCUCGAUGAGGCUGUCUGUUUAUGGCAACUGGCCAGAGAUUGCAAGGCUUCUUUGCCUGCUUUCAAGACUUUGUGUGUCAGAGCAGCUUGUGAAUUGCCUGUACUGACUCUCGCACACGCUUUUGAGCAAGCUGGUGUUCGACUGCACGUACAGAAAGAGACCUUGGGAUGA